AUGAGAAUUAAAACAGUUCCAAGACAUAGAAUGCUCCAAAGCAGUAUUAAGAUUCAUCAAGAUGCAUCUGCAUCAAGAAGCUCCUCAGAGGAAAGUGACGCGGAUAUUGAAAAAGAUUAUGAUUCUAUAGGUGCAAUAAAUGUUCAAGAUUCAUGUCAGGCAUACGCGUUACCUUCAAAGAUUCUUAUUCCAAUUACGACGUUUACUAGUCCGAACAACAGGAUGACCUUCUCUUCAUCCACCAGCACGUCGCCAUCGUUGAUUAACGAUGACAACAAUAACGUGGAGGUCAUGAAUCUAUCAACAAAGGAUAAUCCUUCCAAUCAUAUUGACGACAUCACGACAGAUACCUCCGCCGAGCCAGAGGACAAAUUGAAAGAUUCCUUCUUGUACAAGAUCAUGACCGAUCCAAACUUUGUGAAAAAUAUACAAAGGAACAAACAACCAAAGAAAUUUGUCUGCAUUUUUUGUAAGGAGGAAUUUGCGACGUGUGAAGAAUUGACAAGUCAUAUGGAUGCAAAAAAGAAUGAAAGUAAUCAGAUCGUCUGCUGCGCCUGCAAAAAAACAUUCGCUGAGAAAAGAUAUUUGAAGUACCAUCAGAGAUGUCACUCCGACAGGACUAAAUUCACCUGUGACAUUUGUACCAAGAAGUACACGAGGCUGGACAACCUGACGAGGCACAAUGUUCUCCACGUGAACCCCGACAAGUUCUGCUGCACGAUCUGCAACAAGACGUUCACGCGUAAGGAUCUGCUCAACAAGCACCGCAAGAGUCAUGAGAAGUGUAAUCUUUACUGUGUGAAAUGCGGCAAGUAUUUCAGAAGUAUUAUCACUCUAGAAAAUCAUCAAAGAAGUCAUCGCGAGAUAUCGAACGCUUCGAAUGUAGUUGUUUACAAGUCUGAGAGUUCAGUUUCUCCUGAGAAUCUAAUCUGCAAAACUGAGAAUUUGGUUUCUGCCGAGAAUAAAGUUUACGAAGCUCAUGAUUUAACUUUGGGUGAGAGUUUAGUUUGCAAAACCGAUGAUGUAACUUACAGAACUUAGAAUUUACUUUCCAAUAUCUGUUAAACAAACUAGAUAUAUAGACACAUAUAAUGAUAUCUGAUCUGAUUUCAGUUUCUUAUACUUUCUAGUAAUAAACGCAAGAAUCUUCAAGG